AUGUCGUCGCCACAAGCCAAGACCGACCCUCCUCUCUCGCGGCGGCGGAAACCUCUUCACCUUCAACGUCGCGAUUCUUCUCUCAUGAUGCGUGAUGCUGAUGUUGUUGCGGAAGGCUUUCCUAAAGUGACGAAGAACCGUGGCCUUCUUGAUGAGGGUAGGCUGAUUUAUGCAGGUAGGCAGGAGGUACAACAAGUUGAUGAAGCAAGGAGUUUAGACACAAAGGCUAGUGAAGAUGAAAGCAAAGCUUUGGCCAUGGAGUUGAUGAAGGGGAAAGCGAAAACAUGGUUGAAGCUUAAAGUUAGGUGA